AUGAAGUCUAUCCUCCUCCACGCCGUGCUCGCCGGCGCUGCAGCAGUCGCGCAGAUUCCCAGUCAAACCUCCACGGCCUCCAUCAACCCGACCGACUUCCUCGCACAAAUAUCCGCCUUCGGCGAACUCAACCCGGCCAUAAGCGCCCCCUUCGGCAACCCCAGCACUACGAUCAACGUCUUCGACAUCGGCGCACCGCCCUCCUCUCUCGUCUCGCUUCUCAUCACCGCCAUCCCCGCCACUGUCCUCGGCCAGAUCAUGAACCCUACCGGCCGCUCCUCCAUCGCCGCCGAGUUCCAGGCCGGCAACACGCCGUCCUGGUUCAACGAACUACCCACUGAGGUCAAGAGCUACGUCGGCGCCAUGCAGAGCAAGAUCAACGCCGGCAACCUUGUCGAGUCGGGCGCGAACGCGAUCCCGUCGGCCUUUGGCGGGAGGGGAGGCGGUGCCGGGGCGAGUGGUGCGGAUGGUGGCGCGGGGGCCGAGAGUACGUCGAGUGCGUUGGCGCCGGCUCCGACGGGGGCGCUGGGAAUGGGCAAUGGGAUGUUUGCGGCGGGGGUUGCUGGUAUGGUUGGUAUUUUGGGAUUGGCCAUUGGUCUCUAG